AUGGAUGUGUGUGGCUGGAAAGAAAUGGAGGUUGCUCUGGUCAAUUUUGAUAACGCAGACGAAAUCCAGGAAGAGCCAGGCUACGCCACAGACUUUGACCCCACCAGCCCAAAAGGCCGGCCAGGGAGCAGCCCCUUCUCCAACUGGAGGAUCCUCAUCGGUGACAGCACCAACCAUGAGACGGCCUUCUCCAAGCUCGCAGGCGGCUAUGUCGAUUCCCCAGGGCCUGAGCCAGUGGUCUUGAACGAAGGAAACCAACGGGUGAUCAUCAACAUUGCUGGGCUGAGGUUCGAGACCCAGCUCAGAACCCUCAGUCAGUUCCCAGACACCCUCCUGGGAGACCGGGACAAAAGGAUGCAGUUCUUUGACUCCAUGAGAAACGAGUAUUUCUUUGACAGGAACAGGCCCAGUUUUGAUGGCAUCCUGUAUUAUUACCAAUCAGGUGGGAAAAUCCGGCGCCCCGCCAACGUCCCCAUCGACGUCUUUGCCGAUGAGAUCUCCUUCUAUGAGCUGGGUAACGAGGCCAUGGACCAGUUCCGGGAGGAUGAAGGCUUCAUCAAAGACCCUGAAACACUGCUCCCCACCGAUGACUUCCACCGGCAGUUCUGGCUUCUCUUCGAGUACCCUGAGAGCUCCAGCGCUGCCCGGGGGGUGGCCGUGGUCUCUGUGCUGGUUGUGGUCAUCUCCAUCACCAUCUUCUGCCUGGAAACGUUGCCAGAGUUCCGGGAGGAGAGGGAGCUGAAGGUGGUGAGAGACCCCAGCCUCAACGCGAGCAAGGCGAUCCUCGCCCACACCAUGUUCACCGACCCUUUCUUCAUGGUAGAGUCCACCUGCAUCGUGUGGUUCACCUUUGAACUGGUGCUCCGGUUCGUGGUCUGCCCCAGCAAGACCGACUUCUUCAGGAACAUCAUGAACAUCAUCGAUAUCAUCUCCAUCAUCCCCUACUUUGCAACCCUCAUCACGGAGCUGGUCCAGGAGACAGAGCCCAGCACCCAGCAGAACAUGUCCCUGGCCAUCCUGAGGAUCAUCCGGCUGGUGCGCGUCUUCCGCAUCUUCAAGCUCUCCAGGCACUCCAAGGGGCUGCAGAUCCUGGGCCAGACGCUGAAGGCUUCCAUGCGGGAGCUGGGCUUGCUCAUCUUUUUCCUCUUCAUCGGGGUCAUCCUUUUCUCCAGCGCGGUCUACUUUGCCGAGGUGGAUGAGCCAGAGUCCCAUUUCUCCAGCAUUCCUGAUGGCUUCUGGUGGGCAGUGGUCACCAUGACAACUGUGGGCUAUGGUGACAUGUGCCCAACCACCCCCGGGGGAAAGAUUGUGGGCACUCUGUGCGCCAUCGCUGGGGUCCUCACCAUUGCCCUCCCUGUGCCUGUCAUUGUCUCCAACUUUAACUACUUCUACCAUCGGGAGACUGAGAAUGAGGAGAAGCAGAACAUCCCUGGUGAAAUCGACAAAAUCCUCAACAGUGCGGGCUCAAGAAUGGGCAGCACAGACUCUCUUAGUAAGACCAAUGGUGGCUGCUCCACGGAGAGGUCCAGGAAGUGA